AUGGUUAAAUCCUACACUCUGGCUGGCGCCGCUGCGUUUGCUUGCCUUAUUCUUGCAAUCGGUGCCAUUCUCUCAACAGUUCAUAUUCUUCACGACAUAUCAGAUUUUUACAAUGAAGCCCAGGAAGAACUAGUUGAAUUCAAGGUAGGAAAAUAUAUAUUUACGAAACGAAGUAAGUUCAUUCAGGAUAUCGCUAACAAUGUCUGGGAUGAGUUGGUGUUCGAGUCAACGCCGGAAGAGAUGAGAGAGGCAGAAGAGUUGGACCGUGGAAAGAGAUCUUAUGAAGAAGAGUACGAGUCAGAGAGCAGCUCUUCGACUACAACAACCACUACAACCACAACCACAUCUGCGACAACGAGUGCUUAUGAAAGCGAAGAGAUAGGAUAUGACUUUGGCCACGACAGUGGACCACCAUCAUCGCGGCCGAGAAAACCGUUGCCACCAACUAUGCCAAGAACAAUUCAAGGUGCGAAUUAUAUCAAUCAGUUCAGUUUGACCGUAUAAUGUAUAGUUCCAGGUUUCCGCGCCCCGCCACCAGCUGCUACGUCAACUUAUCAGCCACCGAAUGGAAGAAAUAAUGACGAUUACGGCAGAGAACCAGCCUCCUCACGCAGACCUUAUCCACCAUAUGAGCCACAUCAAGCAUCCAGUACUGCUUCUCCUCAAAAUGUUCCCAACGACAGAACUCCGAAUGUUCCGCCAACGAACACUAGAACUGAUGUGUAUUCACCGAACCCACGUGUGCCAUACAGCCCACCAAACUAUACUCAAUCCCCGCCAAAUCCAAUUAAUCCUCGCGUGCCAUACAAUCCGAAUACCGGUGCGCCGAUAACUCCUCCGCCACGUCAGCCUUCCGGAGGUUACGAUUCUGACCGUCAAACACCACCAACAUGGCCUAGAGGUUAUAAUACUCGUCGGCCAAAUCAAGGACCAGGAUAUCCAGAGGAUCAGCUCCCAACUGUCCCGCCAGUUCCGGGACAACCCCAGAACCCUUCGCAGACAUAUGUUAAUGGGCAGCCACGGAAUCCUUCGCAGACUAACGCUCCUAGGCAGCCACAGAAUCCGUCUCAGAAUUAUGUACCUGGCCAGCCACAGAAUCCUUCGCAAACGUACGUUCCGGGACAACCGCAGAAUCCUUCCCAGACUUAUCUUCCGGGACAACAACGUGUAUCACCAACUCAAUCUCGUAAUCCGAUCAACGCAGAACUCCCUGGACAAACGAAUCCUCGCCGACCAUCAGGACCAGUUCCGCCUUCUCCAGAUAAUACCACUCCAUUCACUUCGAUUGACGAGGGACCGUCAGGAAGAAGCAGCCAGCGUCCAGGGUUCGGUCCGCAGCGUCCUCGAUUCCCUUCGAAUACGAAACCAAGAGGCAACCCGUGUGAUCAAUGCUCUGCUCAACCGAACACGUGCCCUCCAGGACCACCAGGACCUCGUGGAAGACCAGGACCGCCUGGAUUCCCAGGUCAAGACGGACCACGUGGACUUCGUGGUAUUAACGGAGGAUAUUCGGGUGUACAUCCAUCGUCUUACGAUCCAAUAAUCGGAUGCAUUCAAUGUCCAGUCGGACCCCCGGGAGAGCGAGGAUUGGAUGGCCCACCAGGACCACCAGGAGAGGAUGGAAUUGAUGGAGAGCAGGGCGUGAAUGGAAACGAUGGCCAGCCGGGAGCACCUGGCGCACCUGGAUAUCAUGGAAUGAACGGAGUACCUGGAGCACCUGGAAAGCCGGGAACUCCGGGCAGAAAUGGUCAGUCGUGCAGAUCUAUUCCGGGACCACCAGGACAGCCGGGACUGAUGGGAGUGCCUGGAAGAGCUGGAGAUCCUGGAAUUGAUGGAGAGCACGGACAAGACGGAAGUCCAGGAAUCCAAGGUCCGCCAGGAACAGAUGGAAACCCAGGAGUCGAUGGACCACAAGGAGUUUCUGCUCCUGGAGCACCAGGAACUGAUGGAGGAUACUGCCCGUGCCCGAAGCGUUCAUCUAAGUACGACUUUGCCGACGUCGGAUACACUGAUGACGAGAGAAGAAAUCAGAAACAGAGACCGAGAGAGCAAUCAGCUGAACGCGAGGAACCAAGCCGUCCAAGUAGAUAUGAAGAAAGUCCUGAAUUCGACAGACAGAGGCAACCAAACUAUGAGCUAUCUGAAGAAGCUCCGCAGGGAAGAAACCGCUAUGAUGGUGAGCAACGAGCAAAAGAACAAGCGGCGGGGUACGUUCCAGAGAAUGCAUCAAGAAAGCCACCACCACAGAGACAAAGGCCUCGUCAUCAAGAGCAACGUUAUCCAGAAGAAUAUGAUAGAAGGCCGCAGGAGAGCAGAGGAGCAUACGAAAGUGACAGAGCAAGAGGAUAUGCAGAUGAGAGAUCUGGAUCAAAACUAGAAGAGGGUCAUUCAUCGGGAUAUGGAGGAGAUCAGAGAAAGGAGCAGACGCCGUUUGAGGAUCAGCCAAGAUACGAGACUGAUCAGCCAUCAUCAACUAGAAGUCGGCCACUGAAGAAAGUCGAAAUCAAUCGGAACUCGGAUCGUGGAUACGGCUCGAGGCAACCACCUCCACCGCCAGCAAGAAGAGAGGAAUACGAAAACAAGGCCAUACGACAAGAAGAAGGAUCAAGACGAUAUGAGACGGAAUCGGAGCAAUCAGUAGAAGAAGAUCAGAGAAAGGAUACCCAUCCGCCGGGCCUCCGACGACCAAAAACCAAGGAGGAGAGACGGGAACACGUGGAGGAAUCUCUGACGCCGGUGAAGCAAACUGAACGAUUUGAGGGUGAGAAGAGGAAGAAGGCCCACCCGGAAUAUGAGGAUAUUUCGAAAUCUGAAGGAGAAGAGGAUAGGCCAGCGGUAGGCUCGUGGUAGAAAUUGCUUAGAAAACAUAAUUACUUUUAGGAGAAACAUCACAGAAAACCGAACAAGUUCCAAGAGAAACAAUGGGAAGAGCACAGAAGAAGUCAAGAGCUUCGAAAUUCUAGAGAACAUGGAGGACAGGUUCCAAGUGAGUGGUCCAAGUGCUUAUUCGGUAAAAAAACAACAAUUUUUUAGGCGAGAGCAAUGCUAAAAUGCAGCAGGUGAGACCGAAAGAGUCAGACACGCGAGCCGAGAGAUCGAGCGUGGAAAACUCCGGAGAAGAGAAGCCGACAGUGCACGACAACUUCCAGUCUUCAGAGAAACGGGCGUUCUCCAAUGAGAACCCGCUGCCUUCGGAACAACUUCCAUACAGAAGGAAGACGCGAUUCUACAGGAACCAUUACUACGAAAAGUUCCUUGUUUAG